GGGUGCAGAUUUCAGUGUUUAUCCCCUCGGAGCAGCCAGCGAGGGGCUGGGCAGGAGCUGCCACCGCCCCGGAGCCCUCCUCCUCCUCCUCCUCCUCCUCCUCCUCCUUCUCCUCAGUGGGAGGGAGAGCACGGAGCAGCACAGAGUGGCUGCUGGCUCCCAAGCAAGACUGAAGCAAAGCUCUCUUGUCCCACCUGCAUCCUCCUAGAGCGUCCCAUCGCUGACCCCCUGGGCACCCCCGGUGCUCUCUGCGUGCCCUCCCGGGCAUCCUGGUGCACCACCCUGCAGCGCUCUCUGUGCCUCCCCUUCCCCGUGCACCCCUGGCCAUGAACAGAUCGGCAGCAGGCUCGGAGGAGGGCUGGCACCCCGAGUCGGUGCUCAUCCCCAUGGCGUACCUCCUCAUCUUCCUCGUGGGCACCGUGGGCAACUGCCUGGUGCUGGCGGUGCUGCUGCGCAAUGGGCAGGUGAAGAACACCACCAACCUCUUCAUCCUCAACCUGGGGGUGGCCGAUCUCUGCUUCAUCCUCUUCUGCGUCCCCUUCCAAGCCACCAUCUACACCCUGGAGGGAUGGGUGUUCGGGUCCUUCCUGUGCAAAGCUGUCCACUUCUUCAUCUACCUCACCAUGUACGCCAGCAGCUUCACCUUGGCCACCGUCUCCCUCGACAGGUACUUGGCCAUACGAUAUCCCCUGCACUCGCGGGAGCUGCGGACGCCCAGGAACGCCCUGGUGGCCAUCUGCUUCAUCUGGGCGCUCUCCUUCAUUUUCUCAAGCCCUUACCUCAGCUACUACCAGCAAUUCCAGCUGGCCAACCUGACCGUGUGCCACCCGGUCUGGGCCAUCUCCCAGCGCAAGGUCAUGGAUCUCUGCACCUUCGUCUUCAGCUACAUCAUCCCGGUGCUGAUCCUCAGCCUCACGUACACGCGGACCAUUCGCUACCUGUGGAGGUCUGUGGACCCUCUCCAAGAGAUGUCGGAGUCCAGGAAGGCCAAGAGGAAGGUCACCAGGAUGAUCGUCAUCGUGGCCGUCCUGUUCUGCCUCUGCUGGCUGCCCCACCACCUGCUCAUCCUCUGCGUCUGGUUCGGGUAUUUUCCUCUCAACCACGCGACGUACGUUCUCCGCAUCCUCUCGCACCUCAUCUCCUACGCCAACUCCUGCGUCAACCCCAUUGUCUACGCCCUCGUCUCCAAGCACUUCCGCAAAGGCUUCAAGAAGAUCUUCAUCUGCCUCCUGCGCAAGAAGGCGGCCAACAAGGUGCACGUGGCCCAGGGGACCACCACGGUCAGCACGCUGGAGGCCGAGCUCAGCGAGGUGACGCGUAUCAGCGAGGCCGGGCCUGGCCGCUCCUCGGUGCGCUGCAAAGCUCAGCCCUGGGGGGAGGCAGGGCCGGGGGGACGCGGGCAGAAAGCUGACAGCUCCUGCAUCGCUUUCGAUGUCACCUAGCUGCGCUCCCGUCACCCUGUAUUUGGCGGUCUCCUGCAGGAUGGCAGGCCUGGGGAUGGACCACGUUUUGGGUUUAAUGGCGUCGCAUCUUCUCCUUUUCCCCUCAAACGUUCCCAAACGUGGGAACUGUUGAAAUGAUGCUGAUUCCUAUGGACUCAGCCAAGGAGACAAGUGCAGGAUUUGCAGAGGGCAGGGAGAUCCAGACCCCAAAUCAAUUUUCGUGUAGGAUCACCCGUUCCUCUGCAUCCUGCUGCAUCUACACCUGGUCCCUCACGAGAGCUCUGACCUCCAACCACAGCAGCCUUUGGCUUUCAUUGUGGUGCAGGUGAGGCCCCAGAAAUCUACAAAGACUGCUGGGGGGAUGGAGACAGCGUGCUGGGGCAUCUUGGAAGAGGUCCCAGUGCCAGGAGAGCUGGGUGGGACACCGGGGUCAGCACUGGGGGAGUGCAGGCCCUUCAGACAGAGCUCGGGCCUCACCCCAGGCACGGCCCUUCCAGUGGGGAAGAACCCAUGCAGCCUAAGCAAUACAUCCCCACAGAGCGAGGUUGGGCUGCAGGGCCCCCACAGGGUCCACGUGCUGCAAUAAAGACCUAAAGGCUCCUAUCCUGCAGCUUGUGUCACCUCCCUUAGGAUACCCUGUGGCCCCCCCGAGCAUUCACCUCCUCCAUUUCCCUCCUGCUCGGUGCAAUUAGGACUGGGACGAAGCCUCUCCUCGCUCCGCUUUGCUUCGCUCACCCUUGGGAUGAGGGAUACUAAGGGGUCAGGGGGAGAAACUGUGAGCAGAGCUGAGGACUCUUGAAAACACAGCAUUAGGACACGCUGUGGGGGCUGGGACCCUGCAGCCCCGCUCCCCCUUGGCAUUGUGCUGUCCCCUUCCCAGGGCUUGGCCUUCCCUCCCGGCGAGCUCGGGGCUGUCACUCAUUCAUUUUCCCCUGCUGAGUGUUAUUAUAACCAGAGUUUCCUGUCCCCACGCGGAGGGCCAGAAAUCAGCCCCUGCCUCCUAUCAAUAACCGUUAUAUUUAGUCUAGGCCUGCUCACAGCAUAAGUCACAGAGCGUGAUUAUAUAAACAGCGCCAUUACUUAUAUCUGUAUUUACCUCCCCUGCUGAACCCUUUCCAGCCAGGGAAGCAUUGCAACAGCUGUGCUAGCCCAGCUAAAAGCCUCCUCCUGCCCUCAGCACCCUGUGGUGCAAUCCCUGCUGCUGGACCUGGAUCCCUGCUCGUGCUGGGGACAGGGACAUUGUCCCACCAUCUCCUUACUGCCCCGAGGACAGGUUCCCCGUGCUGGCACGGCUGAGUGCCACUGCAGAGGAGAUACCAGUGAUAAAAGUAAAGCUGUCCCCGUAACUUAGCAGAGCCGGGUGCCCCAGGGAGCGGCUCAGGAACCAUCUUCAGCUGGAGAGAGGGGAAAGCAGAGCUGUGAUGCUGCAGCCAAACGCAGAAUCGAUACAUGCAUGUAUGUGGAGAUGCAGCAAUAACAGCGAAGGAAGGACAAGCAAUCUUCUAACCCAACAAGAAAUGAUUUAGUGAACAAGGAGAGUGAUUUGCAGAGACUUUCAGCACACCCAUUAAUUACACUUUACAUAACCUUCCCAAAAACUGACUGCAGUGACUCGUUGCUGCCCGGCUCCCUCCGGCUGGUGGGUGCCAGCAGAGCUGAGACAGAGCACACAGGAGGGAGCUGCACUUGGUGACACAGCACACCCCGCCACCGCCAUCCCUGCUUUGAAGAGCACACCCCAAAAUUCACGUGGAUCCACUGACCUCCUGUCCCUUCCUCUCCCAGCAGCCCAACCCCACUCUGCUGGCACCUUCUUGCAGGUGGGAUUUCGGAUGAACAAAGACUCAUGUUGUCAUCUCUACAGUGCAACACAUCUGCCCCCUGCCCUCCCCGUUUUAUGGAUCCUCCCCAGCUGAUCCAUAGCUGCUUGCUUACAGGUAGUGAGAUGGAAGCCCAUGCUGCCUGCUGGAUCAUUACACCAUUUACAGGAUGGUGCAGAAAUAGAGCAGCCACUCCACUGCCUCUGUGACUGCUGCCGAGGGCUUAUACACAGCACAAACCCAGAGAGGUGGGAGAGCUUGGAAUCAAACAUCUGUGCACAAAGGUGCAGCCAGAAGGAGUCAAGCUGCCACAAGCAGAGGAGCAGGAGAUGCGAGAUGCUGAGCCUCAGCAUCUUAAAGGUUAAUAAAAUGUAAAGGUUAAAGUUUAAUGGAAGCG